AAAUAGUGCAUAAAUCUCCAUUACACGAGCCGGAAUUAUCUCCUUCACUACAACGAGAGUCUCGUCUGAACCUUCGCCAAGAUGGGACAGAAUCGCAAAAAAGGUCCUACACUCUCUAAGGAGGAGCUGCGUAUGCUCACAGUGGGAGAGAUUGUGCAGGAGCUCAUCAAGGCACAGAAAGAAGGGCGUGAUGUGAAUCUGAAUAAGCUGAAGACACGAAUAUCGUCAAAAUAUGGACUCUCCUCAUCGCCCCGGCUGGUGGACAUUAUUGCAGCAGUGCCACAAGAACACAAGAAAGUCCUCCUUCCUAAGCUGCGAGCAAAGCCUGUCCGAACAGCUUCCGGGAUUGCAGUGGUUGCUGUCAUGUGCAAACCCCAUCGCUGUCCACACAUUAACAUGACUGGCAACAUAUGUGUAUACUGUCCUGGUGGUCCAGACUCUGACUUCGAGUACUCAACACAGAGCUACACAGGCUAUGAACCCACAUCAAUGCGAGCUAUUAGGGCUAGAUAUAACCCAUACCUUCAAACAAGACAUCGUGUAGAGCAGUUGAGGCAGCUUGGCCAUAAUGUGGAUAAGGUUGAGUUCAUUGUGAUGGGUGGCACAUUCAUGGCCCUCCCAGAAGACUACAGAGAUUAUUUCAUUCGGAAUCUCCACGAUGCUCUUUCGGGACACUCGUCUACCAGUGUCGAUGAAGCUGUAAUGUACUCGGAAAGGAGCAACACAAAGUGUAUUGGCAUUACCAUUGAGACCCGUCCUGACUACUGCCUGAAGCGACAUCUCUCAGACAUGCUCAAGUAUGGCUGCACCAGAUUGGAGAUAGGCGUCCAGUCAGUCUAUGAAGAUGUUGCAAGGGAUACAAAUAGGGGUCACACUGUGAGAGCUGUUAGUGAGAGUUUUCAAUAUUCCAAGGAUGCUGGAUUUAAGGUUGUGUCACAUAUGAUGCCAGAUUUGCCCAAUGUGGACUAUGAGAGAGAUGUAGAACAAUUUAUUGAAUUCUUUGAGAAUCCAGCUUUCCGUGCAGACGGUCUGAAGAUCUACCCUACACUGGUGAUCCGAGGAACAGGCUUGUACGAGUUGUGGAAGACAGGGAGGUACAAGAGCUACCCCCCCAACACCCUUGUGGAUCUGGUUGCCACAAUCCUCUCUUUGGUUCCCCCGUGGGUCAGGAUCUACAGAGUUCAGCGAGAUAUUCCCAUGCCUCUUGUCAGUUCUGGAGUGGAACAUGGAAAUCUCCGUGAGUUGGCUUUAGCCAGAAUGAAGGAUCUUGGUACUCAGUGUAGGGAUGUUCGAACACGCGAAGUCGGCAUUCAAGAAAUUCAUCAUAAAGUUAGGCCAUAUGAGGUUGAGUUAAUUCGCCGUGACUACACUGCCAAUGGUGGGUGGGAAACGUUCCUCUCAUACGAAGACCCAGAUCAGGAUAUUCUAGUUGGUCUUCUUCGUCUCAGAAAAUGUUCAGACCAGACCUUCCGGUGAGUAUCUUUGUUGAAUUGACAUACUUCUA